UGAAAUUUACAACCGUGCACGUUACUUUCUGACUAAACAGGGCUUCCAACAUAUAAGGUUCGCAUGUCCAUGAAUUCAACUCCAGGGUAUUGGCUCUUCUUACGUAGGACAUUACGUGGGAAAAAUUAUACAACCCUAAUCGAAGAUAUUAAAGAGGAUGGAGGAGGACAGUGCUAUUGGGAACAACGUACAGAGUGAUGGAGAAGGGAGUUCCCUGGGGUCAUCAGGUGCGGGCAGUCCCUGCACCUCCCCCACCCCAGUCAACCCGGAACAUCAGUGCUCUAUCUGUUCCGAGAGAUUCAAACAGCCAAAGGUGCUCACCUGCCUGCAUGCAUUCUGUUUGCUGUGUCUGGAAAAGCUAGUCCAGGAACUGGCUCAGGAGAGUGAUGGUCCCCAGCCGGAGAUCAUCAUCUGUCCCAUUUGUAAACAAGAGACCAAGGUGCCCCCUAAGGGGGUUUGUGACUUGGCCAGCGACUUUGUCAUGCUCGACCUUUUGGACAUGUCUGCUAUUGAUGACAUGCAGAUUGUGUGCACAAGUUGUAAAGCUAAGGAAAAGGCAGUGGCCCGCUGUUCUGACUGUGCUAAUUUUCUGUGUCCCAACUGUGUGACCGCUCAUCAGUAUAUGAGGUGCUUCGAAAACCACAAGGUUGUCUCUUUUGAAGAUAUGCGAAAUGGAGAGGUGGCCAUCCAUAAGCCUAUCUUUUGUGAUAGUCAUCCGUCUGAGAACUUGAAGAUGUACUGCGUCACCUGUCAGGUUCCCAUCUGUAGUGAAUGUGUUGUGGAAGAUCACAAACCGCCUUCCCACCAGCAUGAGCGAAUUGUGGACCUGGAACCCAAACAAAUGGAAGAUCUCAAUAACCUGAUAUCUGAGAGUAAAGGGAAAAUCAAGUUUUGCGAGGAUGCCUCCAGAAACCUGGAAAAUGCCUUGUCUGACUUGCAGACCCACAGAGAUGAUGCGAAAGCUCUCAUUCAAGAAACAUUCCAAAGCUAUAAGGCUAUUGUAGAGAAGCGCAAGGAUGACCUCCUUCAGGAACUGGAGAAGAUUCACUCUGACCGAGAAUUGGCUAUAAUGGACAUGUUCCACAAUGUGGACAAGACCAUUGAGAAGAUAGAAGAUGGCUCCAAGUUUACAGAGAGGAUCCUGAAGCAUGGCAGUGGCUUACAGAUCCUGUUACUGAAGGGUCUCAUCUCCACCCAGCUCCUGUCCCUCAUCAACAAUACCCCAAGGCCUGAUGUAAACACAACCAUUGAGUUCUACACUGACACUGCACGCUUCGAGGAAGCUGUCAAGAAAAACUUUGGUUCCUUUACCAAGGAAGAUGACCAUAAGGUUGAAACUCAGACGUCAUCUCUACAGUCCUCUUUUGAGAACGAGGUGUUUACCCUUCCCCCAGUCAUGGGGGUGGAUGGCUCUGUGAUUCCUCCAGUGUCUGCGCCAGAUUUCUUGCCACAGAUCCACUCUUUAACGCCUAUGUCUUUACCCAGUGUGACCUUGCCGAGCCCUGAGAUGCCAGGCAUGAUGCCAAUGACAUCGUUGCCGCGCUCUCUCCCCACCCCAGUCAUUGGAUCUCACAGCAUUCCUGACACUAGUCUGUCUCGAAACUCCCAGAGCCCUGCCAUGUCUGACAGUGGCAUAUCUGUGGACGCAGCCAGCAAUAGCAGCAACUCUAAUGCCCCUCUUCUAAGCAUCUCUGCUCUGGCUAAAAUGGGCUCUAUUAACUUCAACAGCCAGGGUCAAGUGACAGUAAAUGGACAGGUUAUUCCUGGCCUGAACAUAUCGAAUGUAACAGGUGCUCUGCCUUCAGGACGCAUCACCCCAGCUCCAAUCAGUCCCCCCGAGUCCAGCAUGAGCAGCCUGCUAUCCACCCCUACACCCCGCUCUGAGACCCCUAGCCUGGAGACUUUGGCAGGACUUUUGAACCAGCAGCCCCCUGGGGGUCUCACCAAUGGCCUAGGAGGGAUGGGCAACAUCGGAACCCUUGGAAACCUGACUAGCCUAACCGGGGGUAUAGGCAGCAUGAUGCCAUCGCCCACUGACUCUGGCGCCUCCAAUGCAUUUCAAGGACAGACUACGGGCUCUUUUGUCCGUAGAAGUGGUAAGAUGAGUGCCAUGCAGAUCAGGUAUGUGUGUAAAUUUGGGCAGUUGGGUCCUGGUAAAGGUCAGUUCAAUUCUCCUCAUGGCUUUUGCCUGGGUUUGGAGGAGGACAUCAUUGUGGCCGAUACUAACAACCACCGCAUUCAGGUGUUUGAGAAGACCGGAGAAUUCAAGUAUCAGUUUGGAAUACCAGGUCGAGAGGAAGGCCAGCUGUGGUACCCUCGUAAGGUGGCUGUUAUGAGAACAUCAGGCAAAUACGUUGUUUGUGAUCGUGGCAAUGAGCGUUCUCGUAUGCAGAUUUUCACCAAGAAUGGCCACUUCAUCAAGAAAAUAGCUAUUCGAUACAUCGAUAUUGUGGCAGGCCUGGCAAUAACUCAACAAGGCCACAUCGUUGCUGUGGACAGUGUCUCCCCGACUGUGUUCUGUAUUGCGGAGACUGGUGACCUCCUGAAGUGGUUUGACUGCAGCGAUUACAUGAGGGAACCCUCUGAUAUUGCCAUAAGUGGAAGGGAAUACUUCGUCUGUGACUUCAAGGGUCAUUGUGUUGUUGUGUUCAAUGAAGACGGACAGUUUGUGAGACGUAUUGGGUGUGAGAAUGUGACAAACUACCCCAAUGGGAUCGACAUCAGCGACGCCGGAGAUGUGCUUGUGGGAGAUAGCCACGGGAACCGCUUCCACGUGGCCGUAUUUCAGCGAGAUGGAUCAUUGAUAGGAGAGUUUGAGUGUCCGUAUGUGAAGGUUAGCAGGUGCUGCGGAUUGAAGAUAACCUCCGAAGGCUAUGUGGUAACCUUGGCAAAGAACAAUCACCAUGUUCUCGUUUUGAACACCUUAUACAUAACGUGAACCUGUAACACUCCUUUCUGACCAUCUUCACUGUCGGGAGGUAGUUGGUAAGUGAGUAAGAGGCCCACUACAAUCGAAGCCUCGGAGAUUUUUUUUUUUUCCCCCUUUUUUUGUGCUUUAUGAAGAUCUUUAUAAAUAAGAGAUCAUAAAUAUAUAUACAAGUAUAUAUAUAUAUGUGUAUAUGUAUACACAGUUUUCAUGUAUUCCAUUUUGAGAUGAUGUUUGAGAUGUUGAGGCGUAUUUACCACAGCCAUAACUUGUAUCAUCAGGUAUAUUCAAAUAUGUUUUUAAUUAUUAUACAAUUAUUUUGUCGUCCCCCAGAUUUGUAUGUACAAGUUCAAAGAAAGAAGAAAAAAAACAUUAAUGGCGAUACAUGUACAGUAGAUAGCACAAGUAAUCUCGCACAGGCCCUGUAUUUGGGUUGUCAUCAAACAUGUGCUUCAGCCUCAGUAACUUGUUUUCACUGCUGAAAUUACAGGGAUUGGGGUAUAUGUUAAACAAGAUCCUCUUUUUUGCCGUUGGGCACCUCUACUUAUACCAUAUGCAACUUGCUUUUUUUCUAGUCAGAUACUCAAAUCUUAACAUGACUUAUUUUGCUGUGCCUUACAAAAUUGUAUUUUUCUGUUUGUUGUAGUUAUUACUGUAAUGAAUGUAAAAGCUUUACACAUGUUAACAGAUUUUUCUUCAUAUCAUAGGAUUCAUACAUUUAGGUAGCAAUGGUUUUUUUUCUUCGUUUUUUUUUUUGGUCGACUUUUUCAUGGUCUUGCAUGGUUUAAUGAAGACAGUGUUAUAUUAUUAGAUGCAUAAAGCCUAUUGUGUUUAUUAUAUUGAUUUUGUUCUGUUCACAAUGUUAACAGUCAGAUGGCAAUGGACCUUGCUCACAGCUACUUUACAAAAUAUACCUAGAAAUGGUUAUUGUAUACACAUUUUACAUGCCAAAACGAUAGCAUACCCACCCUUACUCACUAGGAAUGUAUAUUGUAAUCAAAACUAUUGUUGAUUAUUAUUAUUAAUGCAUUGUUUGUUUCUCUGUAUUGAUUUCCAACCGAUUCAUUAUAUUGAAAAUAUUGUGUAUCCUUGGGCCUUUACUGUAAGUAUUGACCUGUAUUUAGUUGUGUGUAUUCAGGAUAUAUAUUUUACUCCUCAUUUUUUGAACAGUGGUUUAAAUGAUGCUACAUUGAGGACAUAACACAAUGGGUUAAAAAUGCUGCUCCCUUUUGAGCACAUUUUUUUACAGAGUCUACAUAUUAUAGUCUCUGCCGCUGUCCCUCGCCUUCUGACAAGAUUUCGAGAUAGACAAUCUAGUUUUAGGAAUUAACAACGAUGUCUUCACGUUAUAUACAUACUGGUGUUCAAAUGUUUCCUUACAAUUCCAGAUUUAAAAAAAUGUUUAAGAAAAAAAUGUAAAAAAGUAAAAAAAAAAAUAUAUAAAGAAAAAUAUAUUUAAAAGUUUAAAAAUGUACAAAAAAAAGCUUUUUGAGAUCACAUUUUAUCAUUUAAAGAUGCCUUCUUGAAUUUUUGGAAGGUUUGCAUUUAACAUUUUGAUUGUUUUGAAUUUGUUUUUGGUUUUUUUUUUUUUGGUUUUUUUUUUUGCUUCGUAUACUUUUUUCAUGGAGUUGAAAUAAGUAUGUGGAGUUUGCUGGAUUACAUAGCUCUUAUUUUCUGAUCUUGUACAUAUUAUUGAAAGAUGAGCCUAGCACGUGGCAAAAGCCAGAUAAGAUGGGAGUGCCCCUGGUGUACCAUGGGAUUGUUUUCUGUUUGUUGGGAAAGAACGGUGAUGGCAAGUAUGAAAAAGGCAAAUCACCUUUGGUGAAGUGGCGUUUUACGAAAUGCCUUGGAUCAUUUAGAUGUGUUAUACAAGAGAUGGUAUAUUUUCAUGUUAGAUGGGUAGACGAACAACAAAGGUCUAUGUACAUCUACUGUUAAGUGUUUUAAUCCUGAGGUAAUUGGCCUCUCUUGCCAUGCAGUUUCAUAUUUGUAUAUACAUAUAGAUGAAUAUAUA